UUCUUUCUCUUAUUUCAUUAUACGGUGAGCUUUAACUUAACCAAGUUGGGUACUGGGUAGUGUGUGAAAGUCUUUUCCUUUCAGCCAAACACUACUUUUCUUCGAGGAAUCAGAAAGCUUAAUCAGACAGAUUUACAUCUCUCUCUCUCUCUCUCUCUCUCUCUCUCUCUGUGGAAAUCGGAAGAGCACGUAGAUUUACAAACCUGAAUUGCCCAGAAAAAGAAUUUCACCAAUUAUCAGGCCAGGUCUCUAACGUUGUACCUCGAUCAUCUUUGGUGUACGGUCAAAUAUGGCUAUGUAUAUCCGUGUUAAGCGUAGUAAGACAACUUACUUCAUACGGUGUGAUCCUACUGAAACAGUUCUAGACAUAAAGGAGAAAUUGCAAGUCCUCAUCGAUCAACCAGUUAACAAUCAGCGUUUGAUCCUAGUUGGUACUGGGGAAGUUUUAGAGGAUUCAAAGACAUUGGCAGAUCAUAAGGUUGAAAAUGAUUCAGUUGUGGCACUGACCUUGAGAAAAGAUGAUAAUGAGUUCGAGGAGGUAGACAUUGUGCGGCCAAAUGAUUUUUGCCAAUCACGGGAUGCAGACACUGGCAAUUGGUAAAAAGACCCGGAGGGCUCUAACUUUGCCAAGAAUUUACUCUUUACUGUACCUUCUAAUCAAUCAAUGGCAUCUUGAAAUGUCAAUUGGUUCGAGUCCAAUAAGUAUUCUUGUACUUCUCGAUUAAAAAAUGUUGUACACCUUCUCAAGAAAUGCAUGCCUAGUGUAGAAAA